GUUACUCGGAUGCACUCGGCCCUAGUGACUGUUCGAUCGUGCGUUCUAUCUUGCCUAGGUCUAAACUAUAUUAUCGCGAUUAGGACUUUUCGCCACAAAAUCGAAACCAAAUCAAACAGAAAAAAUGGCUGAAGCUAAACAAGGAAGAAAAGUCGUUAUCCCCGUAGACGGGAGUAAAAACAGCGAGCGAGCAUUUGAUUGGUAUAAUGAGUCACUCCACAAACCAAAUGACGAGGUGCUGUUAGUGCACGCGUAUGAUCCAUAUUCUGCUCCUCCAACUCCUUAUCCUUAUGGCUUUGCUUUCCCAGAAGACUGGGAAAAACACAUGAAAAGGACUUUGGAUGAUGCCAAAAAGGUGAUGGAGUAUUAUGAGAAUAAAUGUUCUGAGAAGAAGUUUAAGUGCAGGUUGUUUAAAGAGGGAGGGGAUCCUGGAGAAAUUAUUUGCAACAUUGCCAAGGACCAGAAGGCUGAUCAAAUCAUAAUGGGAAGUAGAGGCAUGGGCACUGUGCGCCGUACUUUAGUCGGAAGCGUUAGUGAUUUCUGUCUACACCAUUCCGAGGUUCCAGUGUCUAUUGUUCCACCACAACAAGCUUCUAAAAUGGGUUUUGUUAACUCUCAAUAGGCAAUUCCUUAUGGAUUAGUUUGAGUUUUCUGUCUUCUUUUACUAAAUAUUGUUUCCAUUUUUUCAAGAAAGCUAUCAGUAUUGUUAUUAUUAGUUAUUAAUAUAGUAUUUUAAUAUAAAUUCUGGUUUACAUGUUUUGUUUGAGCUAGCAUGUCUAAAAAAUUUCAAAAAUACUUUGCAAUUUCUUGUUUGAUUUGAUCAAAUUGUAAAUUUAAUUGGAAAUUGUAAUUUGCACCUCACGUCCCAUUUUGUACUGGAACCAAGCAUCAUUUGGUCAGUAAGGAUCUAUAUGUGUGUACAUUGUGUAAAAAUGAACAAUAAACUGAAGUAUGAAACUUUC